CAGGCGGGAUGUCCAUGCAAAGCCACUGACCGGAGCACUGAGUAUGUGGUGGUUUGAAGCGGAAAACCAAGGCGACGAUGACCGGAGUGAGGCGGUGUCAUCUUAUGGGGUCGCUCUGGCACAGACGCAACAAACGCAAAGCGGUGAUUGUGGUUUGACAAGCCGCCUCUUCCGACAAGGCGAGGAGAACCGGGAACUGGAUGCUUCCAGCUGGCAGGCGGCCACAAGAAAAAUAACACGCCGCAGAAGUGAGGAUUCAGCAAUUGCGUGACAAGUAGCAUUUCGGUUUCUUGCCGUCUCCGCAGAAUUCAGAGCGGCGGAUUAUGCUAGAUGACCGAGCUGUAGGUUUAUUUGCCAGUGAGAAACGGAUAGCCAGUGCUAAGUAUAAGGGAGCCCAAUCGUCACACACGAAGAAUUACCGGGAAGGUCAAAUCGCAGGCACAUUUCGAAGUGGUUUAUAGGUCAAGCUUUGUUUCAAAAGAAAAAAGGCUCAACUUCGGAGAUGAGGGGUAUGCGAGCACUUCUGCCGCUUCGUCCGCGACGUUCUUUCUGCUGUUCGACUCCGCGGGACGGGCUGGACUUCUCGGACCACAGCAUGGCGUACCAGCACAAGAGCCUCUGGGAACUGGUGCGGGCUCUGGGAGUGCUCAAGGUGUGCUCGUACGACUGGCUAGUGGACAACAGCCAAUGGCUCCUCACCACGGGCGAGCGGGUGCUGGGCCGCCACCUCAUGGGCGCCCUGGUGGGCCCCACCUUCUACCGGCAGUUCGCGGGUGGAGCCACUCCGCAGGAGAUGCGCGCCUGCGUGGAUCGGCUGUGCGGUACUCGGGUGCGCAUCAUGGUGGCCUGCUCUCUCGAAGACGACGACGGCAGCGGGCAGAGGAGCGCAACAGACGCCGCUUCGGCCUCGCAAAGGCGUGUCGCGAUGUACGGACGCAACGGUGAGGCCGUGCUAUCGUGCCUGCGUAUGACGUCGGAGCUGAGCUCGGAGUCACCGAUGAUGCAGGUCAAGAUGAGUGGACUGCUUCCGCCCCACCUGCUUGUGCACUUGACUCGGAUCUUCAAUUCCACGGAGAAGCCGGAACUCAUCAUAAGUUGCCUAGGAGACGCGGUUCGAAGCGAUAGUUACAGAGAGUACUCCGACUUGCAACUAGAAAGCAGUGAUCACAUAUUUCUCGAGCUGGUGCUGAAGAAUCUUCGCAACGUGUGUCAGACUGCGAAGGAUGCCGGAGUGACGAUUCUGGUGGACGCAGAGUUUGCAGACAUGAACGGAGGUAUCGAGCUUUUGGGUCUCGCUCUCAUGGCCGCAUUCAACGAGCGCACACCGCUUGUGUGGAACACCUACCAGUGCUACCUGACGGACACUCCUGACAAGGUCGGGCGUCACCUGUGCCUGGCCACUCGCAUGGGAGCCUCGUUCGGCGUCAAGCUAGUGCGCGGCGCCUAUAUGGACGGCGAGCGCAGAAAGGCCAGGGAGCGUUGUGAAGUCGAUGCUGUCUGUAGCAGUUAUCGUAAGACCAACGAGAACUACGACCGGGUGCUGUGCUACCUUCUCGAACACAUAUGCAGUUCGGAGAGGGAGUGCUGUCUGGUAGUAGCGACGCACAACGAGGACAGCAUACGUACUGCCACCAAACGGAUGCAGGAGCUGGGUCUCCCUGUUAACGACAAGAGAGUCAGCUUUGGACAGCUGUUGGGCAUGUACGAUCACAUCACCUUCCCUUUAGCUACCCGCGGGUACAACGUGUACAAGUCGAUCCCGUACGGCCCGCCAUCGGAUCUGCUGCUGUACUUGGCACGACGUGCCAGCGAGAACCGGUCCGUGCUGAGCAGCCCCGUUAUCGAGCGGCGCAUGCUGGCCGCCGAGAUACGCCGCCGACUCGCGGGCUCCUGGAAGAGGCCCCUGGAGCCAGCGCACGACUGAGCUGAACGCUUGGGGCGCCUAGGUGGCCCUGGACGCACGCGGGCCAUGACGCACAGCGAUACCCUCCAAUCAAGAGAUAUGAUGUCAGUGCGUUGCCCUUAGCCGCUAGGUGGAAGAGAGACUCUCCGCUCUUCCGGUGCGACGUUUUUGAUAACGCCAAACUGCUUCGAGCGCAGGAAUCCGUCAGAUGCUCGCUCUUCGGGCUCAAAGCGGCGCUGAACUGAGCUUGCUGGUACUUGGUACGUGACAAAUAGAAGAUAGGGGGUGACAAGAUGAAAUAAUCGUCACGUACCACUGUGUAGUGUACUCACUCCUGUCUCUAAUCCUUUGUUUUUUAAUUCCCUCACUUGGCUUCAUCUUUCGCUUGUCGAGAAUGCGGCGGAGCCACGCCAUUCCUUCUUAACCAAAAACUGCGUAUGCAAGCUCGCGCCGCUCUUUGUGAUGGUGCUUGUCUACCGCGUGUUGGACGCCAUUGUAGUGUUUUUGUCACAUCUUUAGUAUCCCCUUGUUGUUGAAGACAUGUUUAUUAUAAAAAUAAAGAAAGAAGUUACUGCCUUGUA